CGCUGUGCUGUGGGGAGAGCCCCUAGCCACAGAGCCAGUCCUGGCUGCGAGCAAUCAGCUGGUCUGGGAGAGAAAAGGAUUCCUGGGGCAGUGACCCGGAUUCCACAUUCCUGGGGGAGUAAUGAGGACUCAGGAGACUGAGAUGACCCACUCCUAACCUCCCCAUUUGCCCCCUCUUGGCCAGUCCUCCGCAUCCCUUCUUCCUCCAGCAUCCUGGCCCCUCUCUUCUGAUUGGUCUGCCCACUCUCCCUCCCAUCUCAUCUCCUCCGCUUCAUGCAGACUGCAACGAUGCAUUGUGGGAAACUCCCAAGGUGUUUUUUUCCCUCUUCCGUCCUCCCUCCCUCCUCUCUGCAGAACAUCCAGCUUCCAAGGUGUGACUUGUACAAACAACAGUCUGGGGAGAGAAGGUUCUGUAUCGUGUCCUGGUGAAGUAUUGGCUGAGUGAGAAGGUUGCUGGGACGACUGCUACAAGGGGAUCCAUUUGAGGUCGAUCUAUCAGCCUGCCUACACCAGGUGAAAGCAACGUGGGUACAUAUAGCUAGUAGUAAUAUCCUGAGAGUUGGCCCUGUGAAGGUCAGGUCACUCCCCUCCGACAGCACUCAUAGGAAUGGAAUCUAAAGGAAGCACCCGAAGCGGAAGCAAACCUGAUGCCAAGGCCGCCAGCUCUGGAAAGCAGGAGAAGCCCAACCCCGGGCCUGCUAUGAAUGCAGACAAGAAGGAAACCCCCUCCAAGGAGCAGCCCACCCCUGUGGCCACAACGAAGAAGGCAGCCAGCGAGGCUGCUGCACUGAAUAACCACAGCAAUCUGAAACCCAGCCCUGCAGCCCCGGAGGUGCAAGAGGCCACCGGCCAGUCCCCUGACUCUGAGCACAAGGGAAACGGCGCGGAGGAAUCCUCAGGCAGCGUCUUCGAUAACGUGAAGCCAUUGGCCAUUGUUGGAGGUGUGGUGAUGGCUGCCAUUGCUGUAAUUCUGGGAGUGGCGUUCCUAGCCCGGAAAAAAUGAAGACCGAGAAAGGGUUGGGGGAGAGAAAUAUAAUCAACUGUACAGUUCCUUUUGAAACACAUGCAUGCAGUAAAUUCUAUACAUAUCUAUACAUAUAUAGAGAGAGCACUAGAUAGGGUAACUACAGCACCAACAACUACUCCAAAAGUCUUGUUCCAAAGGAGCCGUGCCAGUUUGACCAGUAUGGGUACUCCAUGCACUCAAUAUGUGCUUUCGUGUAAUAUAACUUGGCUUGUACAACUGUGUAUAGAUUACAGCUUCUUCUGAUCAGUGUAAAUGCUGGUGUCCCCUCCCCCACGCUCCUCCCCAGGAGACUCCCCAGGAGACUCCCCACUUUCCCGUAGUCCCAGCAUUUCCAAGCAGAGGUGUUCUACAUCCCAUCCUGAGUCCCUGCUCUAUUUAUUUUGAUGUUUUUUAAUUGGGUUGUGGUAGAGAAGAGGAAAGGGAAUAGUACUAAGACCCAGUUCAUCAAUUAUUGUGGUUUAUUAUUAAUAUCGUACCCCAACUUGUGCUGGGCGCUUUGCAGACAUGUAAGAAGGCAGCUCCGAGCUUACGGCCUAAUAGGUACAUUAUGUUCCUAAUGCUUAUCACCCAACCUUUAAAAACAAACAGACAAGACAGGAGUAACCCAUAGCUGGAGGUGAGCUGACUGUGUGAUAUAGAAGAGUGUGGAUCACAUGGCAUUAUAGAACCUUUUCUCUGUCUGAGCUGCAAGCCAAUAGCUACAGUGAAGCUCAAGGGGCAAAUAUGUCUCACUGAGCUCUACAUGCAGUUUGCAGCCCAUGGAGACAAGAUACAAGGCUUGGAGUCCCAUCCCCUCUUUAGUCAUACAGAGGACAGUUUCAACCUGCUCCAUGUUAUGUAUAUUGGGGGCAGCCCCAGGCACCCAGCCAUUUGCCAAUGCAGAUAAGACCAUUGGGACAGUUUGGGCAUUCCUGCCCUAGAGGGUGAUAGACUGUUUUGGACACAGUUUCUGAUAAACUUGAAGUGGCCUCAGUAGUGCACUAAAGGCUCAAUCCAAACUGCACUGAUGUCCGUUGGAGUUUUUCCAUUGACUUCAGUGGGCUUUGGCUCAGGCCCUUAAUCCUGGUGCUUUUCCAUCAAAGGUUGAUCUCUCCUUGCGUGUGGUAGAAGAAAAGGCAGACAAGAACUAGGCUUUAAGGGCAAGCAGCACAUGAAGCACUAUGGGAAUGACAUACAUGAACCCCUUUAUGCUGGGAAAACCAUGUGCAAAAGUGAUGAAAACAGAUGGUGCUUGGAGAGAUCUUCUACCCCCUAAUUUGAGUCUACCAGGAAAAUGUGAAACAUCCAUGUCUUGAAAGUGGAAACAAUUUCCCCAAACUUGGAAACAGCCUGGUUUCUUUGCUGGGGUGGGGGAGGGGGGUGGGAGGAAGGGGUGAGAUAUAAAACCAGACCGUGGGUAGGAAGGGAAAAGUAAGGGAGAGGAUAGAUGGAGGCUCCAUUUACUACAUUGAGAAGAUGAGACACUGAGGGAUGAGUGACCUUUCCAGACUCAGAACUUCCAUUACGACCCGCAUUUGCUGCUGCUGCUAUAGUAUAGAAAGGAUUCUUUAGCCAAUGUUUUGUUUUAAAUGGAGCCAGAAUUGAAACCGAAUCACCCAAAGAGUCAUUGGAGCUCAGCAGUAGUACCUGCUAACCGGUGAGUGGUACACAGGAGUGUCACAGUUUUGCAGCGAUGAUUGGCAAAGACACUGUACAAAAGCCAGAGAAACCGGUCCAAAUUCAGAGGGAAUGUAGAAGGUGGGGUGUAAGUUACAUGUCUGGAAGGGAGCCUGAGCACCUGGGAGUAUAAACCAGUAUAAGGGCUGGAUGAAGCGUCAAUUAUGCCAAGUCUCUUAGUUUCUUACCCCAGAUUUCUUGCAUCUUCCACUGACACAUCUAGUAUCGGCCACUGGUGGUUGACAGGAUACUGGACUGGAUGGACCACAUAUCUGAUCCAGUCUGGCAAUUCCUAUAUUUCUAACUCAGAGUCCUUGAAGAAUUUGGCCUACUUAGUGCAUGUGGCUCAUCAGAAUAUUUGGGCACAGCUUCUUUACAAAUUCCCUUCUAUUCCUGCAGUUAGAUUUUUCACCAUUUUUUCUACAAGGCUCUUAAAAUAUUCCCAGAUGUAUGCGGCCUCUUUGGGUAUAAAAUUCUAUCUCCUGGUUUCCAAACUAUUGUGUGUUUCUGAGUUUUAACCUGCAUAUGUUCUUUUCCAUUGCACAGACUGAUGCAAUAUGAUCAGGUUUGCCCCAUUGUUGAAACAAGUGCUAACAACCACCAUGCUUAAACUUGAUAGGUGCUAGCACUGUUUCACCUGUAUUAUGGACAGGACUUGUAACUUCACCUUGUAAUACAAUCCCUCCUGUACUGAGAAGGCUCUGGGAAAACCUUAGUAAGAAUAGACUAGCUACAUCAUGGGGGAUUCCUUGUUGUUAUUUAUCCAGAAGGUUGUUUGGCUGGUUGUGUCUUUAAUAACCUUUCCUUGUUGAGGAGCUAAUUUGUCCCCAUGAUGUUUUGCAGAUGCUGAGAUGUAAAUUUAUUAUUGUAAGCUGGGAUGAGGAUAGGGUGAAGAUGGGAAAGUGCAAAGUAUAGGCAUCUGAGAUGGAGAAGAGGUCAUCAUAAUUGUCUAGCCUGUCUCCUGCCAAUGCAGGGCUGGUGAUUCCUGGAACUUAUGAAGCAGAGAUUUGAUUUCUAGUUUCAAGUGUAAAUUAAUUCAAGAGAUGUUUCCCUAUUUGUUGCCCUCCCAUUUAGUUCUGGCAGAUGUGUUUUCCAAUGGAGUGUGUGAUAAAAAUCACAGAUCUAGCUCCUUUCUGCUCUGAACUAACCAGGGUAGACAGACAUUUAAGGAGGAAAAGGAAACAUUGGAUGCUUCACAGGAGCCUCUCUCUCUCCUUUUAAAAGUAUUUUAAUUUGACUGCAUUAAUUUUUGGAAAACUGAGAAAAAAAGUUCUGAGUUGGGAGGGGCCUGAGCUGCAAAACUUCCAUCCAGAUCCGAACUAUUCCCCAAAGCAUUAAGAUAUGUGAUUUGGAUAGGCCCAUCUCUAGUUCUAAGCCAAUAAUUUCCUCCUGAAAUAUGCCAGAGAGGUUAUUGAGACAUGGGAGAUGGUGACGGUGGCAGGACAAGAAAAUAGUCACCAUGAAAAAUAACCUUGCCCUCAAUCAUAUUUAUGGCCGUGAAGAAAUAGGUUAGGUCUAUAAGGGAAUCAUUCACUUACUGUAAUUUCUCGGUACUGUUGUCCACUGUCCAUGACUCAUUCUCCAGAACCCAGCUCAUUUGCUGGUCUGAAAACACCCAUUUUUUGUGUGGAUGUGUACAACCCCACCACCUUCUUGAAGAAUAUUACAUGUAUAUAUUACAGUUUACUGCAGUCUUUGUAAAGCCACACACCCCAUAUUUUUUGUAAAGAAAAACAUUGAGACAACCCUUUAUUUGUGCACCUGCAUUCACACAAAGUGUCCAUGUUUUCUUUUUUGUACCAUUUGCAUUCUGCCAUGCAAUGCCUUAAGCAACAUUUUUGGUCAUGGUUUCUUACCACUAAGAGAAUGUCUGGCUAGGAAACUCCUGAAUGUAUAGCAUCCCCAUUGUGCUACAAGCUAAAAAUUACUGUCUCCCCAUGUUCCCCAAAUAGUCACGUGGGCUACUUGCUUUUAAAAAGAUACUUCCUCUUUUAAAGUAUUUUGGAAUGUGUUGUAUUGUGUUGUAGUGGAACUAGUGCUGGUUUGAGUCUGGUAUAUCACAAGGAGGUGCCAUGCAAGCUUCCUAAACACACAGGGUUUCUAUGCCCUCCAGUCCUGACUUGCAACUACCCCUUUUAGCAGAUGCUGCCUGUUAUACCUUUGUGCUGCACUGCAUGGUGGUUUCCUGUUGAGCACAAAAGUCCAGUGAGAACUAGACUGAGAAGAGCAAAUUAUCUCUCGGUUGGAACCUACGGCAGAUUGAAACCCAAUUUGUCAUGAGGCAAAA